GCAGUCUUACAAGAAGGAUUUCAUCAGUUCUCCAUCAUGAAAGUGAUUGCCAUCGUUCUCCUUAUGGCUGGCGCCGCCAUGGCCCAGUACGCUGCACACGGUGCCCCAGUUGUUCACCAGGUGGUCCACCAACCUACUGCAUAUGGUGCUGCUUCCGCCGGACAUGCCUACGGAGCCCACGGACAACACGCUUCUGGAUACGCCGCCCAUGGAAACGCAAACCACGCCGACCGAGGACACUACGCUGACAGGGCACACGCCGCUCACGGACACCACAACGCCGGAGCUGCAUCCAGUCACGAUGCCCACGGAGCCCAAGGUUCCCACUAUGGCAAGUACCGAAACGUCGGAGCUUACGCCAGUGACAAGGGAACCGGAUACGAAAAGGCCUACGCCUACGACAAGAAAGCCGGACACCACGCCGUCCUAGCCGACCACGGUGCCCACUCCAGCAGGUACGGAGUUGCCGACAGGGCCGCAGACCACAACGCUGGAGCUUACGCUCAAGCCGGCCACGACAGACAGGGAGCCCACGACAGAUACGCCGCUCAGGCCCAUGGAGUCCAAUCCCAUAACAAUGGUGCUUACGGAAGGUACAGUACUGGACAUCAACAAACUUACCAACAAGCCCCAGCAGUCGUCUCUUACCAACAAGUCCCAGCACACUCCUCUCAUUACUAAAGAUCUCACUUCGAACGGUUUCACAAAUGGACUAUCUGACGGUUUGCAAUUGGAUUGGAAAUGGAAAGUAAAUCAUUUGUUACUUUCGUUUCUGUUUCGUUAUUUAUUAAUUUUUGUUUGUGUAAAAAAAUG